AUGGCUGGCUCUUCAUCUCUCAAAACCCUCAACUCCCUUCAUAUUUUCUCCAUGAAAACUUCUUCUUCCUUUAGCUCCAUGAAAAUGAAAACCCUACUGCAAACUUUCAUUCUCUCACACUUGUACCGCAUUGCUCGUGCUCUCGCGAAAGCUAAAGCAAUUCUAGUUGAAGUUCUUAAAGAUCUUCAACUGGUUCACUUUAUACAAUUCCCAGCCUUGAAACGAAACAAGAAUAAGCACAAACUCUUUUUUGGUUCAUUUCGAUUGCACUACAAUUGGUGUUCUUCUCAUGUCAUGCCGGUGCUGGAAGGUUGCUCCGCUGAUCAUGAUUACUAUGAUUCCACCAGGAAUUCGAUUAUUCCUACGCCUGAGCACGAGGGUUCAGAGCUUUCGGCGUAUCUCCGGUGGCUUGAGGAGAAGAGUCAUGAGAAUCCCAGCAAUGAAAUUGAUCGACUUGCCGAUUUGUUCAUUCAGAACUGCCAUGAGAAGUUCAGGUUGGAGAAACAAGAGUCUUACAGGAGAUUCCAGGAAAUGAUGGCUAGAAGUAUAUGA